GUAGAUCCUCCGCGCGCAAUUUGGUGUUUGUAUAAAGCAAUCAACAUUUCGAUAAAGUUACGAGAAUAAUGCUAAACGAUUAAUUUUGGAGAAAUUUCAAUAAAUGGUGAUGGCAAGUGUAACCAAAUUGUCUACAUCAAGUGGACAUGUGUGAUCUGUCUGACAGUUCUGCCAGUUACAGCAGACAGUCCUACAGCAGUGGUGAGGAAUCGAGUGAUUCUGAGUUAGUUGAUCACGACUACAACAGUCAGCUUUUUACAAGCAAGAAAAUUAUUAAUAAGGGAAGGUGGACAACUGAAGAGGACGAAAAGUUACGAAGCCUUGUAGAUGUCAAGGGUGACUCAGACUGGAAGCAAAUAGCCAGCUAUUAUCCUGAUAGAUCAGACAUCCAGUGCCAACAUAGAUGGUGUAAAGUGAUCAACCCUAAUCUUGUCAAAGGAGCCUGGACUAAAGAAGAGGAUGAAAAAGUAAUUCAGCUGGUCAGAGAAAUUGGAGCAAAGCAUUGGACCCAAAUCUCCAAGCAGCUUCAAGGCAGAACUGGGAAACAGUGCAGGGAAAGGUGGCAUAAUCACUUAAAUCCAGAAAUAAAGAAAUCAGCCUGGACCCGAGAAGAAGACGUACUGAUUUACCGACUUCACGGGGCCCUGGGCAACAGAUGGGCAGAAAUAGCCAAGUAUUUACCUGGGAGGACUGAUAAUGCAAUAAAGAAUCAUUGGAAUUCUACAAUGAAGAGAAAGUAUGAGGAACGUAUCCCACCACCUGACUUUACAUAUACACCAGCAAUCCUUACUGGUCAGCCUUGCACUCCAAGUAAUUCCGCCGUCCCUUCACUUCAGCCCAUCCAGCUAUUCCCGAAUGCCCACAUCAGCCAAGAUUCUGUAAAUACUUUUAUUACAGGUCCAGAUGGUUGUCAGAAGGUGAAUGUGUUGAACAUUGUGCCAGUUGGAAAAAAUGGAGGCAGCAAAAAGACACCAUCAAAGUUCACUUCACUAUAUUCUAAAGAGUACAGAUUUGAUGGGAAAGCUAUAAAGAAACUGAAGAGUCCAGGACGGCUGAUUCCUAUCCCCUCGCCAGUGACAUCAAAGUUUUCAGCUUUACCCUCAAUCUUAAGACGGGGGAAGACCAGAAGGAAAAAUGUUGCCAAGAUGAGCAAGGUGUUAAAAAAGAGAAACAUAAUAAACAUAACAAAAAGACAUUACCUGCAAUCAGCUGACCUAGAUACUGCCAUCAGAGAUGAAAGUGAGGCUAGUGACACAGAAAAUACUGACCCAGUUAGUCUCCCCUUCAAGGCCUACAAGGAGGGGCCGUUAAAUCAAAUAGAACUUGGAGUUAUUUUGAAAGAGAUAAACCCAGAGAGUUUAGAUGAUGUACCUGAAAAAGGAAGUGAUUCUGUGUCGGAACUAGAGUCUGUGACUCCCAAUGGAACACCAAUCAAGAGUCUGCCAUUUUCUCCUUCAGUGUUCCUUAACAGUCCUGGGAUCCCUAUUGGUAGAGUGACUUCAACUCCAGUGUGCACUCAGAGAGAGGCAGCCACGCCCACUUGCCCACUGCAGAGCAGUGCAGCCAAAACUAUGCAACCCAAAUCCAUCCACUGUACUCCGCGGAUCAGGAGGACCUUGCUGAAUGCCACCCCCAGGACUCCCACUCCUUUUAAGGAUGCUGUGGCUGACAAGAAGAAUAAAAUGAAUGAUAUGCCAGAAGAGGUCGAUGGGAAGGAUGAUAACAGAUUGACAUUUACCCCAGACAACACUCAGGUGACGAGGGGUAAACAAAUACCUGUUAAAAAGACACAGCCAAAGCGUAAGAUGAGAAAAUGUCUGGCGACUAGAUGGCUGUCACCAAGAAGAAAUGUAGGCUUUCCAGAAGAAAAACCAAUGGUUUUAUCUCCCGAAACACCAAGUAAAUCAUUGCUGAAUGAUGCCAGUGUGCUGUUCUCUCCUCCCUCCAUCAUCAAGGAAACUUUACCAGAGGAAAUCCUGGAGGAAACAAAACCUCCCAAGGAGAAGGCAACAAAUAAGAAUUCAGUGGUGAGGAAAUCCAGUAGGAAGAUCCAGUUUGCUGAGACAGAUCUACUCAGUAAUUCAAAGAUGAAUACAGAUUAUGUGAAAAUAGCUUGUGGAAGAACUGAAGACCAAAUCCUUAUGAUUGAUUAUGCCAGGAGCAUAGUUAAAAGUGCUUCUUUUAUUUAACCCCAAACUGAUGUAAAACACAGUCCUGUGAAGUGAAACAAGCUCUAAAUAUAUUGUGUACUCUUCAUCAAUCCACAAGAUGGUUUUGUGUUUCAGAUAAAGAUUUUCUAUUUUUCUGAGAAACAAAGAUUGUUCAUUUUCCUGGGAAAGUUAUGUACAGAAUACAUGGUAUCAUUUGUAGUAUAUGAAAUGGUAAAAAGUCCAUGAGUGAUCAUAGUUUUCAAAGACUAUGCUGAGAGUGUGAAUUGAACGAAGCAGUUGUUGAGUAAACUACUCUGAAUAUCAUUUAUUUUUUUGUGUUUUGAUGUAACACUUAUAAUAUGGCAGCUUUCACCCCCCCUUUUCUUGCCCCUGUGGACAGAUUAGUGAACAGUAAUGAUAAUGAAAGGGGUCUGCUAGGCUUCCUGUAAAUCUGUGAAUGUUUGUUUACAUGUACAUGUAUAAAAUCUGCUUCUUUAAUAUGCCAUAUAAGAACUGGCUGCUGUUACUUGAAGCACCAAUUUGUUUUGGUACUGAUUUAUUAACAUGAUUGAAAGUAACUCAAUGUCCUAUAAAAUAAUUCAUGCUCUUAUGAAAUGAGAUGUGAAAUAACAUUUUCAGUGAAAGUUGUGUAAUCUGUUAUGUUUUGUUGUAUUUAAGUUUAGCUAUUUAUUUGUAGUAGUUUCUUUUAUAAUAACUGUUUAGAAAUGUAGGCAAUUGUCAUAUUAUUUAAGUUAAUUGUUAUUGGAUUUUUUAAAUUCAGGUGUAUUUUUUAAUUUUUUUUAAUUUCAAAAUUGACAAAUGUAAGUUUGUUUUUUUGGCUCGUAAGAAAUGGUGUCGAUACUUAAUAUCUUCUGAUUUCUGUAAUUUUAUACAGAUUCUGAUGAAAUUUAUCAGUGAUGGAAGCAUUCUUUCACAGCAAAAAAUCAGAGAAUUUAUCAAAACAGUUUUAUCCCCAGGAUUUACAGAAUUGUUCAGUCUGCCUCUAAUAUUGAAAAAAGUGAUUUGCCAACAUAUCUUGUUUGGUUAAAAUUGUGCUAACAUACAAUAGAUGUGUUUGAUUUUUUGUGUGUGCUAAUAAAGAAAAUAGAGUAAAUUAGUUAAAAACUUUGGGUCGGAUUAUUUUGAUGAUGUGCUAUUUGUGUUCUGUCUUGUAGAGUUUUAUAUUUGUUCUUGAUUACUUGUUUGUUCCUUAAUUGUUGAUUUCUUUUGUUUUGAAUUAUUUUGAUUUUGUUUCAAAUAUAGAAUACAUUUUCACAUUGAUUUAACGUACAGCAUGUAGAUGGUACAAUAAAAUACAAUUAAAAAAUUUA